AUGCAUGAAUUCAUGUUAAAGAUCUGUGAUCGGGUGUAUCAUGAAAAUUGUGUUAGAUGUUCAGUUUGUUCCAUACUUCUCUAUGAUAAAUGUUUCGAAAGGAAUGAACAUCUAUACUGUUGCUUACAUUAUUAUAAGAGACAUAGUCCAAAUCGUUGUGCCGGCUGUCAACAAGGUAUUGCACCAACAGAAAUGAUUUAUAAAAUUAAGAAUGAUAUACUUUAUCAUAUCACUUGUCAUCAAUGCAUUCAAUGUGGUAGAAAAAUAUCACAAGGCGAACAAAUUUGCAUAAAUGAAAUAUCUAAAAGUAUUGCGUGCAUUACGCAUUCUGUUUGCAGCGAUGAUUUAUUUAAUAUUUCAACGCCAACUACAACAGUUUGUAUAUUAGAAACAAAUAAUGGUAGUUUAUUUUCUCAAGCUAUUACAAGAGGAAUGAAUUUAUCAACUACUCUUUUCACACAUUCACAUGAAACAUAUGGAUAUGAACGAAAUGAUGAAACAAAUUUUUUAAAACGUAGAGGACCACGUACCACCAUUAAGCAAUAUCAGUUAGACGUAUUAAAUAGAACGUUUACGUCAACUCAAAAACCAUCGAAACAUGUGACAGCUAAGCUGGCAUUAGAAACAGGCCUCAGUAUGCGUGUCAUUCAGGUUUGGUUCCAAAAUCGACGAAGUAAAGAACGACGAUUAAAGCAUUUAUGCAAUUAUUUGAGACGAUUUGAGCAGCGUUAUUUAAUAUCACCAUCGAUUGGUUUUGAUUGUAAUAAUUAUUUCUAA